AUGUUAUUGGGAUUUCAAAGAUUCCCAAAAUUCCAUACACUUACUAGAAAGAGUCCAAUCAAUUCCAUCAGAUCCCUCCGCUACAAGUUUCAACGACCUUUGCUUACCCCCCUAUUUCUUUCUCCAAUUAUUAAACAGAGCAUGAACCUUGUCACCAUUUCAGACUCAAUCAGAGAAAACCUCAUCAAACACGAGGUCAUUCCGGAUGUUAUCAAGGACAAAUCUUUUGUUCCUAAAGGUCUGUUGAUCAUUUCCUAUGGAAGUCCAGAUAAGGAAGUCGUAUUGGGCAACACUCUUAAAGUUGAGGAUGCUCAAUCAAUUCCUAAGAUAACUUUCACCGUUAAUCUCAAUGAGGAACAGGAGAUUGCUAGUUUCUUUGACGAAAAGUUCACUCUUGUUGUUACGGACCCUGACGCUCCAUCUCGUACUGAUAACAAGUGGUCCGAAUUCUGUCAUUAUGUCGUCUCCGACUUGUCAUUGAGUACAAAGUCCGGAACUACUGACGCUGAGGAUCAGGUGAAUUUUACUACCGACUUGAAGGUUGAUACCAUUCCAGAAUCGGAUUCUAAAACACUGGUUCCCUACCUCGGACCAGGUCCGCCUCCAAAGACAGGACUGCAUCGUUAUGUUUUCCUCUUAUAUAAGCAGAAACCUGGUGUUUCUCUAGAAGGCCCUGAUCCAAAGAACAGACCCAAUUGGGGUACAGGAAUUCCGGGCUCUGGUGUCUCAGACUGGGCUGCCAAAAAUUCCUUGAGUCUUCUUGCUGUGAACUUUUUCUUUGCCCAGAACAAGGACAAUUAG